AUGUUCAUCAUGGCCAUCGAGCGCUCGUGGUCCAUGUGGACGGCUGUGACUUAUGAAGACAGCCGAUCGGCAGCAUUUUCGCUGUGUUUGUACCUGGGCCUGGUGGCCUACGCUAUCACGCUGGUCGUUCUUUGGUACCUGGAAGUGAUCGACGCGACCCUCGUCUUCCUCAUCUCCUACAUUAUCAUGUUUUUGGCGUGUAUUCUGUUCGCCGUGUUGCCGUCGAUCUGCCGCCGCGCCCACAAGACCGUGACGCAGGCGCGACGCGUCACGCUUGCCCAGCGAUUCCGGGCAGCCAGAAAUCUGCAGGCGGCGCGGCUAUUAAUGUAUCUAUCACCUUACAAAUGUGUGACGAACCUGUUCUCCCUCUGCCUCUACAUUGCCGUCUUCCAGCAGACCGAGCCGAGGCUCCGCCCACUUUUCGUCGAGUUAUAUUAUUACUACAGUGUUGGGCAGUGCUUCCUCUUCAUGGUGUUGACCUGCCUGCUUCACGACUCCCUCCGCGAGACACUAAUAGACGAGCUCGGCUUCAGGCUGCCACUUCCGGAUGGGAAACAGCCGAAAAGAGAGGACCCU